AUGUCUUUCAAACAAGACUUCGAGCACAACCUCAACAACGACAUGCAGGGUGAUGGGCAACCGGGUCGUGCACCUACUGAGUUGGAAGACGUGGAAUUGGACGACAAGAAGGCCGCCUUCCCUCAUGAGGAGAUCAACGACAGCAAGGAACAACCACCUCGCUUCUCCACUCUCUAUGGCGUCGCUUCCGCUCCCAAGAAACCAUCUAUGCCAUCGCCUCCACCACCACCGCCACCACCACCUGCUCCUGUAGCAACAUACGAAGACGACUACCACCGUGAAUACUACGGCUCACCACCACGGAGUCGCAAGUCCGGUGUGACAAUCCCCAUGCCACUCUUCAUUGUCCUCGCAAUCACCUUUGCCGUCAUGAGCACCAUCAUCUUCGCCUACACCGUCAUCGGUCUCUACAACAACGCUCCAUCUCGCGUCUUUCCAUGGGCGGGUCCUGGCUCGGCGACUGCGGUCUGCAACCCUGUCGGACAACAACCAGCGAUCAACUUUUCUCCAAAAUUUGUGAUGCCUCAGGCUGGUAAAGCGGUGGUACCUGAAGCUUCUUUCGAGACGGUCACUGUGUCAGCCACACCGUCGACGGUUACUAUCUCUGCGACGCCGUCUACUUCGACUGUCUCUGCGACGCCAUCCACUGUGACGGUUUCCAACAGCUCGACUUCCAGCUCAUCCACUGUGGACCCAUCAGUCGCUGCAUCAGCCAUACUCGGUGUUCUCGGCGGCUUGGGUACGACAUCUGCGACUGGAUCAACCGCCAUCGUGACGGUCAAGCCCACGCAAAGCACAGUCACCAGCGUCGCGCUCGUGACCAAAGAUCCAUCCGGCAACAUCAUCUCUGACAGCAUGGUGACACUCACGUCCACCACUGUCGUUCCGCCUUCAAUCACGUCACGGGCUGAAGCAUCAACACUGGCUGCGGUCACUUCUGCAUCUCCCACUACGGGUUGGUCCGCGGUUUCCUCGGCGUUGGAGAGUGCUGCGUAA